AUGGUUCUCCUAUCGGAUCGUUGUGAUGUUACUCCUAUGUGGAGGCGAAGCACGCGUCUUCUGUUCGCUCAUCUGUUCCCCCAUUUGUUGCAGGCGACCCUGGCGGACACAUUCCUGCAGGAUCUGGAAGACCUGGAGUUUGAGGAAGAAAGUAACUUUGUCGAUUUUGGUGCAGAAAAGAAACAAGGUGAAGAAGGCGAAGGUGAUAAGAUCAGCCAGGUAGAGGAGGCCAAGUUCCAGGAGGGUGACUACGAAGAAAUUGUUGAUGCGAUCGAAGAGUUCCUAAACGAAAAGAUAAAAAAAAAGGAAAGGAAAAUAUCUGAAUUGCUCUAUGACGAGGACUUCCUCAAAAUAAUGAACAGCAUCAGGAACUAUGUCAUGGAGGAGGAGAACGGCGAAGGGGGGGAAGGUGCAGAAGGUGGUGAAGCGACUGAUGAUGCUGAAGCUGGAGAAGGCCGUCGGGCUAAAAAGCGAAGGAGAAAAGGGCAGUCAUCUGGAGAAGGCGAGGAGGUGGAUGAUCUAGAAGAAGAUGCGAAUGAGGACGCCGCCGCUUCCAACAACGCCGACGAAGUGCUGAUGGAAAAGUGCAUCGACCUGAUAAUCCAAAUAGACACGGAAAUCCUAAACAUCCACAAGUACGUAAAGGAUAUCUACUCGACGAAAUUCCCAGAGCUGGACUCCAUCGUGUAUACCCCCCUGGAGUACAUCAGCGUCGUGAGCAAAAUAAAAAACGAAAGUGAUUUGAAGAAUAUUGACUUCUCCGACAUCUUGCCUAACACCACUGUCAUGGCAAUCACCGUCGCGUCAAGUAUGACCACAGGGAUAAACCUAUCUGACCAAUCGCUAAAGAAUUGCCUGUCCUUCUGUAAUGAGGCAUUAGAAUUGAACGAAAACAGACGAAUGAUUUUGCUAUACUUAGAGAGCAAGAUGUUUCUGCUUGCCCCCAAUUUGACCAUGCUACUAGGCAGUGCAUUAACAGCUCGCUUAAUUAGCUCCGUGGGGUCGUUAAAGAAUCUUUCCAUGACAUCAUCUCAGAACCUUAUAGUGGUAGGGAGCUCGAAGAAGUCGGUCCUUGGCCUUAGCAAUGUGCGGAAGACAUUCGGAAUAGGGAUUUUAAGUACCUCCGAAAUUGUACAGAGCGUGCCUGAUGCAUUUAAAAAAAAAGCCAUCACUUUGCUAGCUGGCAAGUGUAGUUUAGCAUCUCGAGUGGACUAUUUUAAAAAAUAUUCGGAGGGACAAUAUGGGUUGCUACUACGAGAAAACUUAAUUAAUCAUUUAAUAAAAUUACAAGAGCCUCCUCCAAUGAAGCAGAAGAAAAUCCUCCCCAUGCCUGAUGAGAAGAGGAAACGAAAAAGAGGAGGCAAGAGACAUAGGAAGUUAAAAGAAAAGACGGAGAUCACUGAACUGAGGAAGCAGAUUAAUAGGCUGCCCUUUGGACCCAACUCCAAUGAAGACUUCUACACAUUCACCGAUCAAAAUGCAGCUUUGCUGAAUUCUAACCUCACCAAAUUGAAGUAUCAGUCUAAGCAGAAGGUGAAUAAUGUGGCCAAGAAAAAGAACCUCUCCGUGCACUCCAGUGGAGUAACUGGGGGCUUGUCGUCCUCCCUGAUCUUCACCCCCCUGCAGGGCAUCGAGCUGUUCAACCCGUCCGUCGUCAACCCGAGGCGGGACCCCGUCGAGAACAAGUACUUCUCUAGCAAGGCCCAAUUCCGCAAGGUGUAG